CGGCGGGGGCCGCGGGCCGGGCGGCCGCUCCGAGGUGAACGGGCCCGGCGCCCCUCCCCGGCCGCCUCCCGGGCGCCGCCGCGAUGAAUUCCGCCGAGCAGACCGUUACGUGGCUCAUCGCCCUGGGGGUGCUGGAGUCGCCCAAGAAAACCGUCUCGGACCCGGAGGGCUUUCUGCAGGCGUCGCUGAAGGACGGGGUGGUCCUGUGCAGGCUGCUGGAGCGCCUGCUGCCCGGCACAAUCGAGAAAGUGUACCCGGAGCCCCGGAGCGAGAGCGAGUGCCUGAGCAACAUCCGCGAGUUCCUGCGCGGCUGCGGGGCCUCCCUGCGCCUGGAGACAUUUGAUGCAAAUGAUUUGUAUCAGGGGCAGAAUUUUAACAAGGUCCUCAGUUCCUUAGUGACUCUAAAUAAAGUAACAGCAGACAUUGGACUGGGAAGUGACUCCGUGUGUGCUCGGCCUUCAUCUCAUCGAAUAAAGUCUUUUGAUUCCCUUGGAUCCCAGUCUUCACACAGUCGGACUUCAAAACUGUUCCAGGGCCAGUAUCGAAGUUUGGACAUGACUGAUAACAGCAACAAUCAACUCGUAGUAAGAGCCAAGUUCAGUUUCCAGCAGACCAAUGAGGAUGAGCUCUCCUUUGUGAAAGGCGACGUCAUCCAUGUCACCCGCGUGGAGGAAGGAGGCUGGUGGGAGGGCACGCACAAUGGCAGGACGGGCUGGUUCCCCAGCAACUACGUGCGCGAGAUCAAGCCAAGCGAAAAGCCUGUGUCUCCCAAAUCAGGAACAUUGAAGAGUCCUCCCAAAGGAUUUGAUACGACUGCCAUUAACAAAAGUUACUAUAAUGUGGUGCUACAGAAUAUUUUAGAAACAGAAAAUGAAUAUUCUAAAGAACUUCAGACUGUGCUUUCAACCUAUCUACGGCCUUUGCAGACCAGUGAGAAGUUAAGUUCAGCAAAUACGUCAUAUUUAAUGGGAAACCUAGAGGAAAUAUGUUCUUUCCAGCAAAUGCUUGUUCAGUCUUUAGAAGAAUGCACCAAGUUGCCUGAAGCUCAGCAGAGAGUUGGAGGCUGCUUUUUGAAUCUAAUGCCACAGAUGAAAACCUUGUACCUUGCAUAUUGUGCCAAUCACCCAUCUGCAGUGAACGUCCUCACAGAACACAGUGAGGAGUUGGGGGAGUUCAUGGAGAUGAAAGGAGCCAGCAGCCCAGGGAUCCUCGUGCUGACCACGGGCCUCAGCAAGCCAUUCAUGCGCCUGGACAAGUACCCCACGCUGCUCAAGGAGCUGGAGAGACACAUGGAGGAUUAUCAUCCCGAUAGACAAGAUAUUCAGAAAUCUAUGACUGCCUUCAAAAACCUUUCAGCCCAGUGUCAGGAAGUACGGAAGAGGAAAGAGCUUGAGCUGCAGAUCCUGACAGAAGCCAUCCGGAGCUGGGAGGGGGAUGACAUUAAGACCCUGGGCAGCAUCAUCUACAUGUCCCAGGUCCUCAUUCAGUGUGCAGGAAGCGAGGAAAAGAACGAAAGAUACCUUCUACUCUUCCCAAAUAUUUUGCUAAUGUUGUCUGCCAGUCCUAGGAUGAGUGGUUUUAUCUAUCAGGGAAAGCUACCAACGACAGGAAUGACAAUCACAAAGCUUGAGGACAGUGAAAAUCAUAGAAAUGCUUUUGAGAUAUCAGGGAGCAUGAUUGAGCGAAUAUUUGUGUCGUGCAGCAACCAGCAUGAUCUGCAUGAAUGGGUGGAUCGUCUUCAGAAGCAAACGAAAGUCACCCCUGUGGGAAACCCCCCCAUGAAGCCUCAUUCUGUGCCAUCUCACACUCUCCCCUCCCACCCGAUCACGCCAUCCAGCAAGCACGCCGACAGCAAGCCCGUGCCGCUGGCGCCCGCCUACCACACGCUCCCCCAUCCCUCCCACCACGGCACCCCGCACACCACCAUCAACUGGGGACCCUUGGAGCCUCCGAAAACCCCCAAGCCCUGGAGCCUGAGCUGCCUGCGGCCUGCACCUCCCCUCCGACCAUCCGCUGCUCUCUGCUACAAGGAGGAUCUCAGUAAGAGUCCCAAGACCAUGAAAAAGCUACUCCCUAAGCGCAAACCUGAAAGGAAGCCUUCAGAUGAAGAGUUCGCAUUGAGGAAAAGCACGGCUGCGUUGGAAGAAGAUGCUCAGAUUCUGAAAGUCAUUGAAGCUUACUGCACAAGCGCCAAAACUCGGCAAACGCUGAAUUCGACAUGGCAAGGCACUGACCUGAUGCAUAAUCACGUCUUGGCUGAUGAUGACCAACCAAGUCUAGACUCCUUGGGUCGUCGCAGUAGCCUUUCCCGCUUGGAGCCUUCAGACCUCUCAGAAGACUCUGACUAUGACAGUAUAUGGACAGCCCAUAGUUACAGAAUGGGUUCUGCAUCUCGUUCACGCAAAGAAUCUGCUCCACAAGUUUUGCUUCCGGAAGAAGAGAAAAUUAUAGUUGAAGAGACUAGAAGUAAUGGUCAGACAGUGACGGAAGAAAAGAGUCUUGUUGAUACUGUGUACGCAUUGAAGGAUGAAGUCCAAGAGUUGAGACAGGAUAACAAGAAGAUGAAGAAAUCUUUAGAGGAAGAACAGAGAGCCCGCAAAGACCUAGAAAAGCUGGUGAGGAAAGUUCUAAAGAACAUGAACGAUCCUGCAUGGGAUGAGACCAAUCUGUAAGGGACACCCUUAGUUCUUUCUGUCAAAGACCAGUUACGAGACCAAGCUGGACAUUCAGGACUACAGGGCAGCUCUGGGCGGAAAGCCGUCCUGCUUUCUGUGCGUGGAAAAGCUGGAGUUUACCAUGCGAAUAGAAAUGACCCAGCAUCACCGAACAACCCAAAUAUGAGGUAUCGACACUGAGGACCUGCAUUAAUCCCACUCUGUUAACAUCUCAAUUGCCUCAUUUUGCAAUAAGUACAGUGACUGACAAAAAGUCCUGGUUUUUCAGACUUUCCACUGAAUAUAUAAAUAUUACAUAUACAUAUUUCUUGUAAAUUCUCCCUUUUGAAUGCAUAUCCAUGAUUGUAUGCCUGGGCUAAUACCCCUGUUAGAAUUUCCUUUCCACUAACCUUUCUGGUCACAUGAAUUAGCAGUCAUGUUCACGUACCCAUUGGAAGCAGAGGCACAGGGAGACGCUCUUGUAGACGCUUCUGGAAGGUACGUCCUUGAUCUGGAGCACCCUCGUCUCCACAGCGCUGUGAAAGCACUUCCCACUGCAGCAUGCCUAGACAAUUUAACCUUAUUUAUGUCUGCAAAGAUACUUCCGUACCAUUGGAAAGUCUCUCUUAAAGCAGUGUUACAGUCACAGACAUGGGACAGUUCCCAGGGUGGCACACUGGCUUCCUGCGCUCAGCCCUGAAUCUGAAGACAUCCCAGACACCACUGCUGUGUCCACCUACAGGGGCUUGCCCUUGUCUGCUGUCUGCAUCCCGUGGCUGUCGAGCGUGUAUGUUGGGAGAUCACACAGACUUUUCUGUAUAGGCUCGUUUAAUAACUCGACAAUGUGCACUGUUUCUUCCUCCCCCGGAGGAGAACUAGAACCUGUAAAUAAAAUGUAUUAUUUAUUA